GUCCAAGUGGAAGCCACAGACAAUGGAGUGCCCAUAGCUAGGACAGCCAGAUCAACUGUGACCGUUACUGUUCCCAGAGAUACCGCUAACCCAUUCUUCACCAAUCUUCCCAAUACUAUCACUAUCCAGGAGAAUGCCGUCUCUGGAUCAACUGUGUUUGAUGUGAUAGCUACUGACGGUGACAAACGAGGCAAUAUGACAUACAAGCUGAUAGGACAAUUCCCAGCCCAAACAUUCUUCAAGAUGGACCCUCUCACUGGUCAAAUUACCAUCCUCAAUGUACCGAAGUCUGACUCACUGGAGACCAUGGUGUACACGCUGAGAGUGGAAGUGUACGACAGCUACUGGCCGAGCAAUAAAGUAUACGAUGAAUUAAAGGUGCAAAUUACCCGUAAUCCUUCAGGACCUACCUUCAACCCCAAAUCCUACAUUGAUACAGUGCGGGCAAACAUUGAUUUGGGAACAGUUGUGUUCCAGCUGUUGGCCACAGAUAUUGACGGGGACCGAUUAACAUACACCUCUGAUAUGAGCGCACUUGAUCAGGAGUACUUCUCUUUGAGUCGAGACAGUGGAGCCAUCAUUCUCUACAAGUCCCUCGAGACGGUCGGCACACCCAACAGGUUUGAUUUCAAUGUGUUCGUGUCCGACUCCCGAAAUCCGGUCAAGAAUGACACAGCCUCUGUGUCCCUUUCGGUGACCGCAUUACAAGGACCACCCAGGUUCACACAAAACAACUAUGAAGUGACCAUCCCGAUUUCACAGGCUAUUAACACCUCUGCCACCUCUGUACUUGCUACAGACCCUGACAUUCAG